AUGCCAAGAGGAAAAUGGACCAACCACAAAGGACGGAGUCGCAGGUUCACGAAUCCCGAAGAACUAGAAGAACAGAGAAAACGCGAAGAACAGGAGAGAAGAUGGAAGAAAAAUAACAGAGGCGAUGAUGAAUCGUCGAGCGAGGAAGAAGAAAAACCCGCGACCAAAGGAGACAAGAGCAAUAGCGAGGACGAAUCGGAAAGUGAAAGCGAAUCCGAAGAAGAAUCCGACGAUAAUAAAAAAGGUGUCGCUGGCCUGAUACAAAUCGAGAAUCCAAAUAGGAGACAGUUAAAAGCAAAGAAAUUAGCUACGCUUAACGAAACCUUAGAUACAGCAGAACCAGCCCAAUUAUCUAGACGCGAAAGAGAAGAAGUUGAAAGACAACGGAAAAAAUUGCACUAUCAAAAGCUGCAGGCUGAAGGUAAAACAGAUGAAGCAAGAGCAGAUUUAGCUAGAUUAGCAAUCAUUAAACAACAACGUGCAGAAGCUGCAAAAAAGAGAGAAGAUGAGAAAAAAGAAAAGGAGAUGGCUAAGAUUCAAAAAUCAGCCGAGAUGCAAAAAGCACUCGGAAAAUAG